AUGGCUGACAUUAACGUCGAUGUUUUGGUCAUCGGCGCUGGCCCGACCGGUCUUGGUGCUGCGAAGCGCUUGAAUCAGAUUAACGGUCCUUCAUGGUUGCUUGUCGACUCGGCCGAGAAGGCCGGUGGUCUUGCCGGCACUGACACUACCCCCGAGGGCUUCCUCUACGAUGUCGGUGGCCACGUCAUCUUUUCCCACUACAAGUACUUCGACGACUGCAUCGAGGAGGCACUCCCCAAGGAGGAUGACUGGUUCACGCACCAGCGCAUCUCCUACGUUCGCUACAAGGGCCUCUGGGUUCCCUACCCCUUCCAGAACAACAUCUCCAUGUUGCCUAAGGAGGACCAGGUCAGGUGCAUGAACGGCCUCAUCGACGCCGCCCUUGAGUGCCGUGUCGCCAACACCAAGCCCAAGGACUUUGAUGAAUGGAUCCUUCGCAACUGCGGUGAGGGUGUCGCUGACAUCUUCAUGCGUCCCUACAACUACAAGGUCUGGGCUGUCCCCACGACAAAGAUGCAAUGCCAGUGGCUCGGCGAGCGUGUGGCCGCCCCCAACCUGAAGCUCGUCACCGAGAACGUCGUUCUGAACAAGGUCGCUGGAAACUGGGGCCCCAACGCUACCUUCAAGUUUCCUGCCCGCGACGGAACCGGUGGUAUUUGGAUUGCCGUUGCCAACACCCUCCCCAAGGAGAAGACGCGUUACGGCCAGAAGGGUACUGUUGAGAAGGUUGAUGCCGACAAGAAGAUUGUUACUCUCGCCGACGGCACCACCGUCCAGUACGGCAAGCUCGUCUCGACAAUGAAUGUUGACCAGCUUGUUGAGCGCAUGGGCAACCAGGAGCUUGUCAGCCUGUCCAAGGGCUUGUUCUACUCGUCGACCCACGUCAUCGGAGUUGGCAUCCGUGGUGAGCGCCCCGAGCGUAUCGGCGACAAGUGCUGGCUGUACUUCCCCGAGGACAACUGCCCCUUCUACCGCGCCACCAUCUUCUCCAACUACUCUCCCUACAACCAGCCCGAGGCUGGCAAGAAACUGCCCACGCUGUACCUGGCCAACGGCCAGAAGGCCGAGUCGACCGAGGCCAAGGAGGGACCUUACUGGUCCAUCAUGCUCGAGGUCUCCGAGUCCUCCAUGAAGCCCGUUGAGCAGGAGAAGAUCCUCGAGCAGUGCAUCCAGGGUCUCAUCAACACUGAGAUGAUCAAGCCCGAGGACGAGAUCGUCUCCACCUACCACCGCCGUUUCAACCAUGGCUACCCAACUCCCUCGCUCGAGAGAGAGGGUGUCCUUAAGGAUCUCUUGCCCAAGCUUCUUGACCAGGGCAUCUACUCUCGCGGCCGUUUCGGCAGCUGGAGAUACGAGGUCGGCAACCAGGACCACUCGUUCAUGCUCGGUGUCGAGGCUGUCGACAACAUUGUCAACGGCGCCGUCGAGCUUACCCUCAACUACCCCGACUUCGUCAACAGCCGCAAGAAUGAGGAGCGCCGCCUGGCACAGUCGUUCGCCUUUGGCGCCCUGCCCUCGCACAGCAAGUAA